GAAUGACUAGUGUUAUCCGUGAGAUAGAUCUAGUUCAACUUGCAAUAUUGCUAUGUUAAACUUUCACCCAAGUUUGAACUUGGGACCUCACUGUGUCAUGUGAGUUUAUGCAUCGUGAUCUCGUUUCAGAAGUUUUGAAUGUAGCCAAUGAUGAUGAGAUAAUAUGGAAAAUUCUCUGUCUGUGAGUUCGAGUUUAACGAUCGGAGAAACACUGUGUGCGGUGUUCUUUCCACUAAUCGGAAUAGCUGAAGCUUUGAUUUAUACCUUAACCAGUUGCUUCGAUUGCCGUAAUCAAGAUCAGAAAAAGAAUAAGAACAAGUUUUCUACCUUUGAAGAUAUUCUCGCACUCGCUAACGAUUCUCCGUUUAAUGUGAAUGAAAUAGAGGCAUUGCAUGAACUGUACAAGAAGUUGAGUUGUUCGAUCAUUGACGAUGGUCUCAUCCAUAAAGAAGAGCUUACAUUGGCACUAUUGAAGACCACAGUUGGCAAGAAUCUUUUCCUUGAUAGGGUCUUUGAUCUCUUUGAUGAAAAAAAGAAUGGUGUUAUAGAAUUCGAGGAGUUUGUGCAUGCUCUCAGUGUCUUUCAUCCUGAUACUCCUUUGGAAAAGAAAAUUGAUUUUGCUUUUAGAUUGUAUGACUUGAGGCAGACUGGAUACAUUGAACGAGAAGAAGUGAGUAUCCUGGCAUGUCCAGGUCACAAAGGUGUUAUUGGCUCCAAUGUAUUUUUGUUUGCCCAUAUACUUUUAUGUUUACCGAUGUUUGAAACUAUUUUGUUAUCCGACAACUUUUUUCAGGUUCGACAAAUGGUGGUCGCCAUUUUGUCAGAAUGUGGCCUGAACUUGGGAAAUGAAAUCCUUGAAACCAUUAUUGAUAAGACAUUUCAAGAUGUUGAUGCUGACAAGGAUGGUAAGAUCAGUAAAGAAGAGUGGAGAGAAUUUGUCGUUCGGAACCCUUCAAUCUUGAACCACCUGACUCUUCCUAAUCUGAAGGACGUAACCACAGUAUUUACCAGUUUCAUAUUCAACACCGGAGUUGAAGAUUCCCACUGGUAACUCAAGGGCUAGGCAAAAAUCUGACAACAACAUGUUAUAUUUUGAUGCAUCUGUUGUUGCUGUCCCGAGACUUAGAUUAUGGUGAUUCCACUCUCUCAUAGUUUCAAGUUCAACCGGUGAAUUUUUUUGAAAGUGUACAAAUCCACUCACCCUUGAUUGAGUAGUGGGGCAUUCUAAAAUCUGAUCUAAACAGAGUGAUCCGUUUAAAUCGGAUCAAAUUGUGGUUCGUUGUAUUCCUUAGUUUGGCGUGGUGUACAGCAUUUGAUGUACAGUUUAGAAAACAAUUUGAAUGAUUGAAAUGUGAUUUAUUUAGUAUUGAAACAAAAUUUUGUAUUGUACUGUGUUUAACUGAAUUAUAGAGACUCCAGGUAGAUACAUUGGCAGAGGAGAAUGGAAUUUAUAACAAAGACCAA